AUGAUGGGCAACAGUGAACAACAACAACGUCAGCUGCAACAGCAAUACACAUUAACUGGUCUGCCACCACUGCCAAAAAGUCUGAGCGCCGCUGCCGCUGCCACUGCUAUGGGACCGGAGCUGGCGAGUGGAAGCGCACUGGGACAGGGUCAGGCGCAGGUGCGCUCUCACACAUCCUCACCGCAGCAACUGCAGGCGACCUCGUCCGUUGCCGCUUUGACUGCUGCGACGGGUGAUCUGUACCUGGGGCCAUCGACGUCCUCGGCUGCAGCAACGCGAAAUCGCAACUAUAACGGUCAUGGACGACAUGGCAGCUUGUCCUCGACACAAGAGUCGCUAAGUGAUCGCGAGAGCGUACAUAGUCGGGCCUCGUCCACACACAGCGCGGGCGGGAGCGCAGCACAACACCAUCAGCCGCUAUCCAAUAGCAGCAAUAACGCGUCAAGCACCAUCGACAACCAGCUGGCUAUACUGCGCCGCGAAAUGUACGGCUUACGGCAGCUGGACUUGUCGCUGCUGUCACAGCUGUGGGCGCUUAACGAGUCCAUUCAGGGCUUUCGGGUGUUUCUUCAGGAGCAAGAGGCCCUUUCGCCGCCAUCUCGUUCGCGCACGCCAUCCGAUGCCAACUCACUGUCAUCCGAUGAGGAUGAUGGGUCCUAUGCACCAGUUGCAGCACCGAAGCGAAAUCCACAGCCGGCAACUAUCGCCGCACUCUCUUCACCAGCGACUGGUAAUUUGCCCACGAAGUUGGCUACGGGUUCAACCACAUCGCAUGCAUCGACCAGCUCGACAUCUGGAGCAUCUGGCUCGUCUUCGGCAGCGUCCUCCAUGGGCAAGCACCAUCAUCACCAGCAGCAGCAGCAGCAUCAGAUUCCUCAUUAUCAUCGAUCAGCUGCUCCACCAGCGCCACCGACUCAGCACAAGGCGCAUCCGCAGUUGCCGCGUAUACUGCAGCAACGGAUGCGGCACGCGCCGCCUCCGCCACCGCCUACGCGACCCAAGGGUGGCGGCGCGAGCAGCAGCAGCAGCAACCAUAGUAUUAGCAGUGUCACGCAGCAGCAGCAGCAGCUGCUACAUCAAAACUUACAGCAUCAGAGGCCCCUAUGACAAAACCCAUUCUUGGACUAAGUAUGCUGAACGCGUAUUUGGUUCGAGAGCGAUCUAUCGAAAAUAGAUACCAUAACGUAAAGUAACAACAGAGCAACAUUUCUGAAAAGUCAAUUGCACAUUUAUCCAGGAGUCAAUUAACAUAGCAACACCUAAGGGCAGCUGAGGGCGACUUGUGAUCUUUACUGAUGGCUCUGCUCGACACAAACAUCCAAGCUUGCCAUACGUUCCAUUUCGUUCUGGAUUUUACGAAAUCGAUGUUAGAAAAAAACAUCCACCAACUUUGAAUGGUUACAUUUUUGAAUAGGAAAUUGUAUUCAAUAAUAAUAAUCUUCAAAUAGUCUGGGAUAAAAUCCUUUGAUAAGAACUACGUAAAUUGCAUAUUUAUACAUAUUUAUAAUCUAUUUGUAUAUUACCCGUAAACAUAAAUCUUAAUUGCUGCUUUGAAAUAGAAACUGCAUCGAACGAAUAAUACGAAAUCAAUCUUGUGGCAGAAGUCUUGGAUUUAAAAUGUUUACACAACAUUUGCAAUGAUAGCAAAAAAACAUAACAAUUUAUUAAAUUAACUAUUGUGCUAAUUGGACAUAUUAUUAAAUGAAAAACUGUAUAACAAAGCAUACUCACUCAUUAGAUUUAACCAAAUCAGAACUCGUGGUCUAGAACAUUAAAUCUAUCCAUUUAUAUGUAUAUUAUUUUGUUAUUUUCCAGUGAUAAUUGAGCCGAUUCCUAA